AUGGCCAUGGGUUCGUUGUAUACCGAUAACAGCAGAAAAACCCUGAGCUCUCGGAAAUCCGGGAAGCCAAACUCGUGGUCCAGAUACAUGAAAGGUGCAUCCUGGGUAUUCGCACAACAGGCUUGCUACAACCGACAUGCCAUCGUACUUACAAAUGCACCACCAGAUGUCUACAGCAAGCGGGUGCAUUCGAGUUAUCGCGAGAUUGAGGAACCUAUACUCAGGGGAUGUGAAGCUGGACGACAUACGAUCCAGAUCAAUUAUGUACAUCCAGCAGUCCCCGGUGCCGCCUGUUUCCGUUAUCAGACAUGGCCCAACAACCGGUCGUCCGAAUGGUUUAGCUUCCUAGAAUGCAUUGCGAUCAAAGAUAUAGUCAAGAAGAUCGUACAGCGUACUAAUCUUCGGCGAUUCGAAAAAGUAAAGGAAUUAGAGAAUGUGACACCUCCAUAUAUUGAGUCAGAGAAAUCGAUUUCUCCUGCUACCGUGUGUGAAGGCAGAAAGCAGGAGACUGCGCAGGAGAAGAAGGUAGCGAAACAACUCAAGGUCAAGAGGGAACAGCAGGCUGCGCGAGACAAAAAGGCGGCGAAGCAGCUUAAGGCCGAGAGGAAGCAGCAGGCGGCGCAACAGGCGGCGCAACAGGCGACACAGGAGCAGAGGGCAGCGAAAGGUCUCAAGGCUGAGAGAGAGCAGCAGGCUGCACGGGACAAAAAGGCGGCGAAGCAGUUUAAGGCCGAGAGGAAGCAGCAGGCGGCGCAACAGGCGGCGCAACGGGCGGCGCAGGAGCAGAGGGCAGCGAAACGUCUCAAAGCUGAGAGGAAACAGCAGGCGGCGCAACAGGCGGCGCAGGAGCAGAGGGUAGCGAAACGUCUUAAGGCCGAGAGAGAGCAGCAGGCUACGCGGGACAAGAAGGCGGCGAAGCAGUUUGAGGCCGAGAGGAAGCAGCAAGCAGCGCAACAGGCAGCGCAGGAGAAGGAGGUAGCGAAGCGAGUCAAGGCCGAGAGGGAGCAGCAGGCAGCGCGGGACAAGAAGGCGGCGAGACAACUCAAGGUGGAGAGGGAGCAGCAUGCAGCGCAACAGGCGGCGCAGGAGAGGAAGGCAGCGAAGCGACUCAAGGCCAAAGCUUUAAGCGCAAUCAUUCCGACCCAACAUACUCACUAG